UUGAGCCUAUAUUGUAAAAUAUAAUAAUGAAGCCGGUGUGUCACUUUCAUUUCAUGUUCCCUUCCCUCAAAAUUACAACAGUGACGCGCAGCUGAAGCUCAAACCACAUGGUAUUGAUGUCGGAGGCAUCCAUUAAUGCUUCUUCCACACCCAAACUCGGCAACUCCACCACCCGUAUCUUCUCCGACGUUGCUGGUGACAUUACAAUUGCCGUCCAUGGAGAAUCAUUUCUACUGCACAAGUUUCCGCUUGUGGCUAGAAGUGGGAAGAUUCGAAAAAUGGUGGGCGAUGGUAAGGGCUGUAGUGCUACGAAAUUCGAGCUCCUUAACUUACCUGGCGGGCCUCAGGCAUUUGAACUUGCCGUGAAAUUCUGCUAUGGAAUGAAUUUUGAAAUCACGACUGCAAACGUGGCUCAUCUGCGCUGCGUUGGAGAAUACCUGGAAAUGACUGAAGAGUAUCGGGAAGAGAAUCUUAUUGCACGGACAGAAAUGUACCUGAAUGAGAUUGUGAUCCAUAGCCUCGAAAAAUCAGUGCAAGUCCUGGUCUCCUGUGAGGGUCUGAGUCCUGUAGCUGAGCAAGUAGGAAUAACCGAUGCAUGUGUGGAGGGCAUUGCCAUGAAUGCUUGCAAGGAGCAACUGGUCUCAGGUCUGUCUAGAUUAGAUUAUGUUGGUGAUUCCCCAGACCUCAAAUGCCCUACUCUGGAGUGGUGGAUUGAAGAUCUCUCGUCCCUACAAAUUGAUUUUUAUGAAAGGGUCAUUUGUGCCAUGGCAAGAAAAGGCAUCCGACCAGACAGCAUUGUAGCAUCUCUCAUGCACUAUGCUCAGGCAUCAUUAGAGGGCACAUCCAAAUCUCAAUUUUGGAACCCAUCAAGGCCAAAACUAAGUCCUCUUGCGCUGCAAAAUCAUCAAAUUACCAUAGUGGAGACCCUAGUAAGUCUAAUGCCCACAGACAAAAGCUGUAUCAUUCCACUAAGUUUUCUGUUUGGGAUGUUGAGGAUGGCUAUCAUGAUGGACACUAACAUUGCCUGCAGGCUUGAGCUUGAGAGGAGGAUUGCAUUUCGGUUGGAAAUGGUUUCACUUGAUGAUCUCCUCAUACCCUCGACUCGAGUUGGGGAUAUGUUGUUUGACGUAGAUACUGUUCACAGGAUGCUGGUUAAUUUUCUGCAGCGGGUAGAGGAAGAAGAAAAUGAAGACUGUGGAUAUGACUCUGACCAGGACCUUGCUUCUCCAAACCAUGGUUGUUUGCUGAAAGUUGGAAGACUUAUUGACGCAUAUCUAGCUGAAAUUGCCCCGGAUCCAUAUUUGAGCUUGCACAAGUUUGUUGCUAUGAUUGAGAUACUGCCUGAUUAUGCACGAGUUAUCGAUGAUGGGCUCUAUAGAGCAGUUGACAUUUAUUUGAAGGCCCACCCAAAGCUAACAGAAGAGGAGUGCAAGAGAGUGUGCCAUUUGAUAGACUGCGAGAAGCUAUCUCAAGAAGCAAGCAACCAUGCUGCAAAAAAUGAUCGGCUACCAGUGCAUAUGACGGUGCGAGUUCUCUACUUUGAGCAGCUGCGGUUGAAGAAUUCAAUAUCGGUAAAUGUAGGCGAUGGAUUCAUGUCACAAAGAAUGAGUAGUGGAGUAGGAAGCGCAGCUAUGUCACCAAGAGAUAAUUAUGCUUCUCUAAGGAGAGAAAACAGGGAGUUAAAGCUUGAGAUAUCCCGAAUGCGCGUGAGGCUAAGUGAGUUGGAGAAGGAGCAAUCAUUUAUGAAAGAGGGGAUGAUGUCUAAGAGCGGAAACGGAACAACUUUCCUGACUUCACUGUCCAAAGGGAUUGGAAGGAUUGGAAUUUUUAGCAGCACCCCAGGAGAAGCCAAACGGAGAAAGGCUGCACGGAGGUCGCGGGGCUCUGGAAAAAAGUGCAUUCAAACUCAAAGUGCGAUUGAUUAGGAGGAUUGCCAUGUAUUAUUGGUUUACUCUACUAGUACACGACUCAGGAUCUUAGAGACUUAGAGCAGUAGCGGUUAAGGUGUAGGUACCCCAUCAUCCUUCAUCCUUCAUUUAAUUGAGCUGUAUGUAUAUCAACUAUCAAGUGAGCCAAAGGGGAAUGUUAUCAUUGUGAUUACUACUAUCGACAGUUUGAAGUUCUUAUUCUAUCUAGCAUAGAGUAAUAUAUGAUUCCUU